AUGACCUAUCCUGCAUCCAGCCAGCAGGGGGCACUCGGGCCCUGCAGGGAGUCCAGGCCCCGGCCGGAGGAGACGCUCCUGCAGACCAGCACAGGGACGCUGCCACCGCCACGAGCUGCCACCGCCACGAGCUGCCACCGCCAAGUGCUGCCACCGCCACCGCAACCUCCAAGAGCUGCCACCGCCACGUGCUGCCACCGCCACGUGCUGCCACCGCCACCUGCUGCCACCGCCACCGUAACCUCAACGAGCUGCCACCGUCACCUGCUGCCACCGCCACGAGCUGCCACCGCCACCUGCUGCCACCGCCACCACAACCUCCACAAGCUGCCACCGCCACGUGCUGCCACCGCCACCUGCUGCCACCGCCACCGUAACCUCCACGAGCUGCCACCGUCACCUGCUGCCACCGCCACGAGCUGCCACCGCCACCUGCUGCCACCGCCACCACAACCUCCACAAGCUGCCACCGUCACCUGCUGCCACCGCCACGUGCUGCCACCGCCACCGCAACCUCCACAAGCUGCCACCGUCACCUGCUGCCACCGCCACGAGCUGCCACCGCCACGAGCUGCCAUCGCCACCUGCUGCCACCGCCACCGCAACCUCCACGAGCUGCCACCGCCACCUGCUGCCACCGCCACGUACUGCCACCGCCACGUGCUGCCACCGCCACGAGCUGCCACCGCCACGAGCUGCCACCGCCACGUGCUGCCACCGCAACCUCCACGAGCUGCCACCGCCACAAGCUGCCACCGCCACGUGCUGCCACCGCAACCUCCACGAGCUGCCACCGCCACGUGCUGCCACCGCAACCUCCACGAGCUGCCACCGCCACGUACUGCCACCGCCACAAGCUGCCACCGCCACGUGCUGCCACCGCCACAAGCUGCCACCGCCACGAGCUGCCACCGCCAAGUGCUGCCACCGCCACCGCAACCUCCAAGAGCUGCCACCGCCACGUGCUGCCACCGCCACGUGCUGCCACCGCCACCUGCUGCCACCGCCACCGUAACCUCCACGAGCUGCCACCGUCACCUGCUGCCACCGCCACGAGCUGCCACCGCCACCUGCUGCCACCGCCACCACAACCUCCACAAGCUGCCACCGUCACCUGCUGCCACCGCCACGAGCUGCCACCGCCACCUGCUGCCACCGCCACCGCAACCUCCACAAGCUGCCACCGUCACCUGCUGCCACCGCCACGAGCUGCCACCGCCACGAGCUGCCAUCGCCACCUGCUGCCACCGCCACCGCACCACCGCAACCUCCACGAGCUGCCACCGCCACCUGCUGCCACCGCCACGUACUGCCACCGCCACGUGCUGCCACCGCCACGAGCUGCCACCGCCACGAGCUGCCACCGCCACGUGCUGCCACCGCAACCUCCACGAGCUGCCACCGCCACGAGCUGCCACCGCCACGUGCUGCCACCGCAACCUCCACGAGCUGCCACCGCCACGAGCUGCCACCGCCACGUGCUGCCAACGCAACCUCCACGAGCUGCCACCGCCACGAGCUGCCACCGCCACGUGCUGCCACCGCAACCUCCACGAGCUGCCACCGCCACAUACUGCCACCGCCACAAGCUGCCACCGCCACAUGCUGCCACCGCCACAAGCUGCCACCGCCACGUGCUGCCACCGCCACGAGCUGCCACCUCCACGUACUGCCACCGCCACAAGCUGCCACCGCCACGUACUGCCACCGCCACGAGCUGCCACCGCCACGUGCUGCCACCGCCACGAGCUGCCACCUCCACGAGCUGCCACCGCCACGAGCUGCCACCGCCACGUGCUGCCACCGCAACCUCCACGAGCUGCCACCGCCACGAGCUGCCACCGCAACCUCCACGAGCUGCCACCGCCACGAGCUGCCACCGCCACGUGCUGCCACCGCAACCUCCACGAGCUGCCACCGCCACGUGCUGCCACCGCAACCUCCACGAGCUGCCACCGCCACGAGCUGCCACCGCAACCUCCACGAGCUGCCACCGCCACGAGCUGCCACCGCCACGUGCUGCCACCGCAACCUCCACGAGCUUCCACCGCCACGAGCUUCCACUGCCACGAGCUGCCACCGCCGGAGGAACCAGCUGGAAACUGGAAGAACCAAUGCUCUGCCACUUCUACAUAUUACAUCACAACCAAUGAAUUCAUCAAGUUGUUCCCAAAGACGCUGGGCCUCAUUUGA